AUGCUUGCGGAGGCCCUUUUGGUCAUUGACGACCAAGUCGGCCUUGCCACCGUCGUUCGCGACUACAGCACCAACGACUUCCGUAACAACAUGGUCGCCCACGCUGCUAUCGGCAAGGCGUUUGACAUCCCCGUGCUGACGACCUCCUCGGACGAAGGCCCCAACGGGCAGAUGCUUAAGGAGAUUCUCGAUAUGUACCCGAACACCACGGCUGUCCGCCGCCAGGGCGAGGUCAAUGCAUGGGAUAACGAGGAGUUCCGCAACGCCUCAAGGCGACGGGGAAAAAAGCAGUUGAUUGUAGGUGGGAUUGUGACAGAAGUUUGCACUGCGUUCCUCACCCUCUCCAUUGUCGAUGAAGGGUACGAGGUAUAUGCCAACACCGAAGCAAGCGGAACCUUCAAUGGCCGUCUUGCCAAGGACGCCAACAGGCGUAUGGAAAAGGCUGGCGUUACGCUCAUGGGCUUCCUUGCCAUUGUCUGUAAUCUCAUGAGAGAUCGGCGGAACACCCCUGGCCUCGCCCAGCUGCUGCCUUUUCUUGACCAGUACCAGUUCGCUUAUGGCCUUGUUGCGCGCCACCACGCUGCGGCGAUUGUCAAUGGCACUCUUGCGGAUAUUGAUAAGGAGCUUGUCUAG